GUUCGUCGAACGCAUCUGUGGAGGGUGGCGACGGAGAGGUGCACGAAGGUUGUGGCGUGGUUAACGAGAAUAUUAGGACAGCGAAUAAAGGAUCAACGGAGGCUCAGGGAGAAGAAUCAUCAGAGUCGAAUGCCCAAGCUACAUCAUGGCGCACAAAGAAGCAACAAGCUUAUGAAGAGCGGAAGGUGGUUCGUUUACCAAGAGAAGUGUUUGAUUAUAUGGCAAGGAUAGAUGAAGAUGGCACCGUCAGAUUCAACGUUACCCAACUCUCCCUCUUUUUCAUGAAUGAGAUAAUAGAGAAAUUUGUGCUGGUUCGAGCAGAAAAUUGGGACAAAGAACGCAUUCCACUCAUGGAUAUCAGCAUUCCCCCAACAGCAAAGCAGUAUCCGUCUUUGCUAGUGCAAGAUUUCUCCAAUGAACCAACGCGUCGUUUAGCAGAAGAGAAACGAUUACAAAAUAAUCUUGGGAUUCGGUUGGAAUUGCAAGAAGAACGGAAAUCGUCUGAUAGUGAGGUCGUUCCGGAGACUAAGAAAACGUGACGCUGAGCGCAAUAGCAAGUCGUCAACUCCCGUGGGCGACCCAGCCGCUAAGCAACCUAGGUUGGAUGAGGAGAAUCCCGCCCAAUUGAAAGUUGCAGAAAAGUCAUCGCGGAAGUAUGUGCAUUCUACGUAUGAGAAAACUGGCGCUUCAAGUGGGGCAGCGGGAUCUUCUAAAAGUAACACGAAAGCAGGCUCCGCUCAAAACCUAAACCCAUGGAUACACCCGCCUACACAUCCUAGAUCGAGGCCUUCGCCUUUUCCGUUCCUGUUACCAGUGCGUGGAGAGGGUCAAAGCGGUUCAGCGUCAUUCCAGAAUCAACGCUACAUGCAAGGAAACACGCAUGAAGAACAGAUGCGCUGUGGCAGAACGGAUGCAUUAACCAACCGCAAAGGAGGCAGUGAAGUUUCACCGUGGACAAGGCCUGGAAAUCAACCUGAGAAUGUUGAUAAAUUGGUGUCCCUGAUACGUAAAGCCACACAAGAGCUACGCACUAGAUCGCCUUUUGAAACAAACAGAAAAACUGAAAAAAUGGAGCUUGGUUCAUUUAUGGGAGCGGUACUGAGUUCUAUGGAUCGUAAGGUAUGUGGUGGUGAGCCUUCUUACUGA